CAGUCUUUCCACCAGUGCACCGCUCGCUAAUUGGUGGCGACAAGACCGGUGGGAGCAGGUGGAGGAGUGCGGGUCACACACUCGCCCCGGAUACACGUUGCACGCGCGUUGACGCGGCGAUGCUCGCGUAAUCGCGGCGCAGUCGAGGUCCGUGUGUGAAUUCACGUUGCGAUCGCGAGCCUUCCGAAGACAUUCCGAAGAUGUCGCGCACGAGGACGGAGAGGAACGGAAACGGGGCCAAGUGCGAGGUUAGCGUGUGGACACGUGCGAUCACCGCGAACUCCGAGUGGCCGGACAAGGAGGAGUUUCUCGACGUGAUAUACUGGGCGAGACAGGCGAUCGGUAUUAUCGUCGGCAUAGGAUGGGGCCUUAUACCGCUGAAAGGUUUUAUAGCUCUGUUGUUAUUCGUAGUAGUCAAUGCGGGGAUCACAUAUUUAUACUUUAGCAGUUUCCAACAAAUUGACGAGGAGGAGUACGGUGGUAUGUGGGAAUUGACGAAGGAGGGAUUCAUGACCUCGUUCGCUGGUUUUCUGGUGACCUGGAUUAUCAUAUACUCGGGAUUGCAUUUUGACUGAUUUACAAACCACGGAUAAGGAGCAAUAGCUUUUCCAUCGCGGAUCAUCGCUGCUGCCAAAUUCAUUAUACGUACGCAAUAGUCAUUCCCUCGCAAUAGACAUCGUUGUAUACCGACUCCUCGUAUACUGUUACAUAUUGUUACAUACAAGUAUGAUUCAUCUGUAUAAAGAAGACCUUCUUACCUUCUCAA